AUUGUUGUCAGUGUGGAAAGAACGUAAACAUUUUACAGGGAAAUGAAUUAUACUUGCUCAUUAAUUGAUGAAAAGUGUGUUAAAACAGUGUAUUGCUGAGUUAAAUUAACUAAGUUGACAUACAUGUACCUGCAGCUGUGAAGUACAGGAUUGGACAAAUAUUAUUAAUACAGCAUCUACAGAUAUAUUGCAAUUUGACUUUGCACUUGAGUAUUAUCUGAAAUUUGGAUUUUCAUUUUCUCCAUUGAAUUACUUGGAAUAUUCUGUAUUGCCAGAAGGUAGCCACACAUGUGCCACAUCUACUGACAGACCCUGACACACAACAGGACAAGAUUGAUUCCUCCUGACAAAAUUAGCUGCAUGCAAGAAAAAUUGUCAGCACUCAUUUCUACUCCUUGUCAGGUAUAACCUUCAUAACUUUCGGAUGCUGAAUUGGGUCGACCUGUCUUCAGAAAUGAGGAAAAAAGAAAUUUUGAGAUUUUCAUAAAAUCACAUAAUUUCUCAAGUUCAGCAUUUAUAUUUCAUACCUCAGAAGAAAAAUGGAGGGCAUCAUAUUUUCAUUGCUUACAUUGACAUGCAUCUGUACAUUCAUUUCCACCCAGGAUUUGGAUGUAACCUUCCAUCUGAUGGAAGAUCAACCAAAUAACACUCUGAUAGGGAGCCUGGAAGAGGAAACUGGCCUCUCCAAGAAAAUAAAUGAAUCACUCGCCAAUCUCAAAUUCAACCUCAAGAAAAAAGAAGAACCAAUAGUUUCUUUAUUUCGCCUUGCUGAAUCUAGUCAACUCUUCACGAAUCAAGUGAUUGAUAGAGAAAACGUAAAAGUGUGUCAGUAUAAAAUUCAGUGCGUGUUCGACUUUGAUGUUAUUGUGACUAGUUCAGCUUCCAGUUACUUUGGUACAAUCAGUGUUCAUGUCAACGUUACCGAUGUAAAUGAUCAUAGUCCCACAUUUGAACCAAAUCGUGUCCAACUCAAUUUAGCAGAGUCUACCCCUGCUAACAGGAGUGUUUAUAGAGUUGAGCCAGCACAAGAUCUGGACAAGGGUGGCAAUAACUCAGUGCAAUCUUACCAGUUCAUCCAAGUUGUACCAGCAUCUUCCAUAUCUAUGGAUUUCAGAAUGGAGGAAAUCAUCUCACCCACAGAGGGUUUGUCCCGUAACAUCUUUACAAACAUUACUUUGGACUACGAGCGACAGCAAUCUUAUGUUUAUCACAUCCUGGCUAGAGAUGGUGGAAAUCCACAAAGGACAGGAACUUUUACUCUGGAAAUAAACGUGGUUGAUGAAAAUGAUAAUUCUCCUAUUUUCGAAAAAUCUCGAGCAGAAGUUACCCUUGAGGAAAAUACCUCUAUUAGCACACCAUUUUAUGUUUUCCGUGCAAGUGAUAAGGAUUCUGGCAAAAACGGUCAAAUUGAAUUUCGAUUCAAAAAGUUUCAAGAGCAGUUCCAGGAAAUUGCAUCCUUGUUUUCCAUUGAAAAUGAUACAGGUACUGUUAGAGUCAUUGGUAACUUGAAAUAUGAACAUGGAAAAGUUUACCACAUAGUUGUGGAAGCCACAGACAAAGGGGAUAUUCCUAGGUAUGCCACAGCACAACUUGAUGUAACUGUAAAGGAUUCUGGGAACAAUGCCCCAAAAAUAAAUAUCAACUUCUUGUCUUCUGAUCUUGGCAACAAUACAGUGAGCGUUUCGGAGGAGGCCAUCUUGGAGCAGGCGAUUGCCAUCAUCAAUGUAGAAGAUACUGACACUGGACCUAAUGGAGAAGUGACUUGUCGUACCUACAACACAUUUUUUGGUUUACAGAGUUUAAAUGAUGGAUACAAAGUUAUUGUGCAGCAUUAUUUAGACAGAGAAACUCAGAGCACACAUAACAUUAGGAUCACUUGUGCAGACAAGGGAACUCCAGUGCUGGAGAGUGUGGUACAGUUUACCGUGAUUGUUUUAGAUGCCAAUGAUAAUCCACCCAAGUUCUCCGAAUUCUACUACAAUGCCAAAGUGGAUGAAAACAAUAACAGAGGGAAGCAGAUCAUUCAAGUUCAGGCCACUGAUAAAGAUAUUGGAGAGAAUGGACAGAUUUCUUACUUCAUUGAUCCUCCAUCAGACAACAGGUUCUCCAUUGGUCGGGAUACAGGGAUAGUAACGGCCAAUGUGGACUUUGAUAGAGAACAAUCUGUGCACAUCACAUUCACUGUACGGGCUACAGAUCACGGAACUCCACCUCAAAAUACAACAGCUAACAUUUGGUUGGAUAUUGAGGAUGUUAACGACAAUCCUCCUAAUUUUCUGAAGGCUAACUUUGUCUUUUCUGUGAAUGAAAAUCUACCAGCAGAUUCAUUUGUAGGAGCUGUUCAAGCAGUGGACAAAGACGAGGGCAAAAAUGGAGAAUUCAUCUUUGCCAUUUCGGAGGACUAUGCCAACAAGUCCGCCAUUCCUUUCAAUGUGUCGUCUUCAGGGGAGAUAAAAACCUACCAGCCUCUUGACAGAGAGUUGCUGAACCGCUAUGACUUCCAAGUUAUCGCUGUGGAUAAAGGAGACCCUUCUCUAACGGGAACCGCUCAUGUUACAGUCAACAUCAAUGACAAGAAUGACAAUGCUCCAAUUUUCAUUUUCCCCAGCACUGACAACCACACCAUUAUCAUUCCCAACACAACCCCACUUGAAUCCAUUAUAGCUUCUAUUCAGGCCUAUGAUUUGGAUGAGGAUUCUAAUGGUUAUGGGAAUGGGAAGGUUCUGUUUUACAUUGAUGGUGGGAAUGAAGGAGACGUGUUUUACCUGAAUCAUGAUACUGGAAGUCUUCACUAUAGAAAGCCUGUUGGUGUGGCUGAGGACUACACCUUUCACCUGAAGAUCCGGGCUCGAGAUAACGGCAACGAGGCUCUGGAAGCCAGGCGAGAUCUCGACAUUAUUGUCAAGUACAUGAAUGCCACCGCUGGUCUCAAACCUAACCAGGAUGACUCAGACAAAAAUAUUCUGAUUGUUGUCAUCGUGGUGUGUGUCACCAUUGUGGUGUCUGUGGCACUCAUUGCUGUCAUCUGCAUGCUCCGACGUAAGAACGAGGACAAAAUGAAGGAAAACGCACCUCCGUUCCUGGCGUCCCGUUCUCCUACCUCCACCCUCUACGACAGACCCCCAGCCUACCAAGUGAAUGUGACCCAGGGGGACAAGCCCAGACCACGGGUCAGUUUCUCCAAGGACAGCGAUAAUACAUUCACCAAACAGCAACUGAUGGAGAAGAUGACAGGACAUCCGAAUGGAAGAAUAGAAUCAGGAAAAUAUAUGCAUCACAAUCAGCAGAAUCCAAAGCCACACACAGAGGAGAGCCCGAGUGAAACCUCAGGGGAGACAAUCCCGUCAGAUAGUGGUCACGGAGGAUCGGAGGAAGACUUCACUAGUCAUAACCACAAUAACAAUAUUGAUAAAAGAUUGCCCCUGCAACCUACGUUCUUAAAAAAUGGAGUCUUGUUGAUGCAAGAGCCUCACAGCAGUCAAACAAACACACUCCCGAAUGAGAGACGCUUAAAUUCAGUGUCGUCUAAUUUACCUGUGUCUAAAUACAUGGAUGAUAGUUUAUUAACUUCUAGCAUUAAUUCACUGUGGUCAGAUAAUAACCACACAAUUAACAGACAAAAUAGUAACAAUGUGCAAAAGUUACCCACAAUUCCUGCUUGGACGGGAUAUCAUACGAGUGAUAGAAUGAAUGACAGUUUGUUAUUUUAUUCCAAAGACACAACACUGGGAAGUCAUAGUGCACACAGUCGGGAUGAUGAUGAGUGUACGACAACUAGUGGAAGUUACACAAUUAAUGACGAUAUUGAUGAUAGCUUCGAUAACAGACCCAGAGAUAUGUUUGUUUAGUGCGAUGGCAUUGAAUAUCAAAAUUUAUUUAUCGCAAACUUUAUUUAUAAUUGUGUAACCAAAGAAUUUUUUUCAUUAUGGUGAACAAUAUACUAAUGAAACAAAAGUGCUUAUAACUUUAUGUGGACGAUAUACAUAAACAGUUAAUGAAAGAAAAAAGACUGUAAGACCAAUCCAAUGGAUAGUGGUGACAGUUAGCCAGCCAGGGUUGUGUCGCACCAUUCUAUAAAACCUCUGGAGACUGGGACAUUACUAAUAGAGGGUGGAAGAAUGGAGUAAAGGAGUUCUAUUACAAGCACAGUGUCUGCCACAAUAUAUAACUUCCAGACAUCUAAUAUGCCAGUAUUAAACAUUUUUAAAUGUAAGAAAAAAAUGCAUAAGUUUGUGAAAACAAAAAUUGUGUUCAUUGUAUUAAUAUCAAUUGUAUAUAUAAAGGAAUGAAAAAUAACCCCAGUAAUAAUGAACUUGUAUGUCAGAUCUCAUAAACAUUGUAUAGCAAAUGUGUCCUAUUGCAAUAUUCCUAACUUCAGCAAUAUACCUUGUUCCUGCUGAACCUUGGCUUAAUCUCUUGUUGUUGUUAUUGUUUCUAUGGAGAUGAGCCGAGAUUGUGAAAUCCUGUUAUUUUAUUGAAAAACGUAUGCAUAAUGUUAAUAGUAAUGGCAGCGUUUGAAUGUUAUUAAAAGGAUCAAAAUAAUAAAUAAAACAGAAAAAUUA